GGGAGAGUAAACAUAUUGUCCUUUGGAGCUGAUGCCCGCUGAAUCCUGUCUGUGACAAAGUAGGGACCCGGGGCAGCCGAGAUGAGGCAAUGCGGGCUUGUCAGAGCGGCACAACUUCUGCGGACUUGCGGGUUAGCUGAAUGGCAUACCCCUUACAGGGCAUUAAGCAGUCUGCCCGAUGAGAAGAAGGAACUCAUUAAGAAUGGACCUGACCUUCAAGACUUUCUGUCGGGAGAGCUGGUUGAUAAGAGCUCCUGGGCUGCAUACAAAGGAGACUUAAAGAGACAGAAAGGAGAGAGAUUAAGACUUCCACCUUGGGUGAAGACUGAAAUUCCAAUGGGUAAAAAUUAUAACAAACUGAAAAACACCUUGCGAAACCUUAAUCUUCACACUGUGUGUGAAGAAGCUCGCUGUCCUAAUAUUGGGGAGUGCUGGGGGGGAGGAGAAUAUGGCACGGCCACAGCAACCAUAAUGUUAAUGGGUGACACGUGUACCCGAGGUUGCCGUUUCUGUUCAGUAAAAACUGCAAGGAACCCUCCUCCCCUGGACCCAGAUGAGCCAUAUAAUACCUCAAAAGCAAUUGCAGAAUGGGGCCUGGAUUAUGUGGUGCUGACAUCAGUAGACCGAGAUGAUAUUUCAGAUGGGGGCGCUGAACACAUUGCACAAACAGUAUCGAUGUUAAAAGAGAGAAACCAGACAAUUCUUAUUGAAUGCCUCACCCCAGAUUUCCGAGGGAACAUGAAGGCAGUGGAGACUGUAGCUAAGUCUGGAUUGGAUGUUUAUGCCCACAAUGUGGAGACUGUGCCAGCACUGCAGAGGCAUGUACGUGAUCCAAGAGCUAAUUUUGACCAGUCCCUUAAUGUUCUGAAACACGCCAAAAAUGUACGGCCGGAUCUUAUAUCCAAAACGUCCAUCAUGCUUGGCUUAGGGGAAACAGACGAGCAAAUCUACUCCACAAUGAAAGCACUGAGAGAAGCGGGCGUGGACUGUUUGACCCUUGGUCAGUACAUGCAGCCAACAAAACGUCAUCUCAAGGUAGAGGAGUACAUCACUCCGGAGAAAUUUAAGUACUGGGAAAAAGCAGGCAAUGAAUUAGGAUUCCUUUACACGGCUAGUGGUCCUCUAGUUCGCUCUUCUUACAAAGCAGGUGAAUUCUUUUUGAAGAACUUGAUUGAAAAAAGGAAAACAAAAGCUAUUUAAAGAGCAUCCCCUAUUGUUGACUAUACACUCAUCUGAGGAAGGAAUUCAUUAAAAAAAAGGCCACCGUUUGUGCUAUCACAGCACAGGUAGAGCUGGUUUCUCAGUGUUUCAAAAUCCUACCCAAUUAAUUUCCAGGCUGGCACCAACAUAAUCCAGUACUUCAUUAGGCAUGAGCUUGGCACCAAUUAAAUGUUUUUAGGUUUGUCAGGCUGUAUUUGCAGCCAUCUGUAUAUUCCAAUUGCUGUACAAGACUGUUGUAUGAUAUAUGGAAAUAAAUGUUUCAAACACCA